ACUCCUCUGCUGGCCGGACAGAAGCGCCCGGGCUGGACAGCGGGUGGGCGAGGGGCAGGGACCACCCCCCCCCCCUCCACCCCCGCCGCGGCGUGAUCAAUCCCCAAGCCCUUUUAGGGACCUCCUGGGGCAACUAAGGUGCCGAGGGAACAGUAACCCGGCGGCAAAGGAAGGAAACAUUGGUUCGAUGGGGCACGUCUCUUCUUGUUUCUCAAAGGAAUUCAAAGACCUGCACGGCAUGAACUGUGGGGUUGAGUGUGACUUGACACCCCCCUGCCAUAGGCCAAGCCACGAGGGACGCCAAACGGGGCGGCCGCCUCGCCCUGGGGCCCCGGGGCCCCGGGGCCGCGGCUUCGGUCUCUAGUAGCGCGGGGCCGUGUGUUCGCGGGCUCUUUGGGACCCGGAAGGCGCGCGGGCGCAGGACCCGGCGGGGCAGCUACGCGGGGUCCUCGCGCACGUCUCACGUGGGUCCGAGCGGAGUGGAGGUCCCGGUUCGUGAGGUCUCGACUUGCCUCUCCGCCGGCAUGGCAGCAGCCGACGGAGUGCUUCCCCACGUUCCCGAGUCCCGGGCCGCCGUCCCCACGACGUCCUCCAGACCCCGCCCAGCCCAGUCGAGGCGGAUGCAGCAAGCAGCGGCCACCAAAAGAAAAUACCGAGCGUCCAGUGAGGCUCCCCCAGCGAAACGGAGGAGUGAAACAUCAUUUCUCCCGGCCAAGAAAACUACUGCUAAAGAAACUCCAAGGACUUUUAAGGGGAAGGCACAGAAAACGUUUUCUCCCAAGAGGUCCUCAGGUGGUGCGAGUGAUGGAAACCAGGAACGGAAACCGGGCAUUAAGACUUCAUCCCUGUUUAAAAACAACCCUGAGAUUCCAGAACUCCACAGACCUGUAGUAAAGCAGGUGCAAGAAACAGUGUUCACUUCAGAUGCUUUUCAAGCCCUGGACCUCCACCCACAUCUAAUUUCCACAAUAAAUAUGGUCUUAAAAAUGUCUAGUAUGACCAGUGUUCAGAAGCAAAGUAUCCCUGUGUUGCUGGAAGGCAGAGAUGCUCUCGUGAGAUCCCAGACUGGCUCAGGUAAAACUCUUGCCUAUUGCAUCCCUGUGGUCCAGUCUCUUCAAGCAAUGAAAUCCAAAAUACAGCGUGGUGACGGCCCCUAUGCUCUGAUACUAGUGCCAACAAGAGAGCUGGCCCUACAAAGCUUUGAUACUGUCCAGAAACUGCUUAAGCCAUUUACCUGGAUUGUGCCUGGAGUGUUAAUGGGAGGAGAGAAGAGAAAAUCAGAAAAAGCCAGACUCCGGAAAGGAAUAAAUAUCCUCAUCUCAACUCCCGGACGCCUCGUGGAUCAUAUUAAAUCCACAAAGAACAUUCAUUUUCGUCGGAUCCAGUGGCUGAUUUUGGAUGAAGCAGACAGAAUCCUGGAUUUGGGUUUUGAAAAGGACAUCACGGUGAUACUCAACGCUGUAAAUGCCGAGUGCCAGGAACGACAGAACGUCUUGCUGUCGGCAACACUCACGGAAGGUGUAACGUGGCUAGCUGAUAUCAGUUUACACGACCCAGUCAGUAUUUCUGUCCUGGAUGAAAGCCAUGACCAGUCGAACCCAAAGAGCAAAGCCAUUCCUGAAGCUUCUCCUCCACGAGCUAGCGAUGAGCUGGACAGCUUUGCCAUACCAGCGAGCCUCGAGCAGUACGUGACAGUGGUUCCCAGCAAACUGAGGCUCGUCUCCCUAGCGGGCUUCAUCCUGCAGAAAUGCAAGUUUGAGAGAGACCAGAAGAUGAUCAUCUUUUUCUCGAGUUGCGAGCUGGUGGACUUCCACUACAACCUCUUCCUCCAGACCCUGCUGAGCGGCUCAGGGGCCCUGGCCCCAGGUGGGUUGCCACGUGCCUCCACGCGGUUAAAAUUCCUGCGGCUGCAUGGCAACCUGGAGCAGGAGGAAAGAACAGCAGUGUUCCAAGAAUUCUCACAUUCCAAAACAGGGGUUCUUCUCUGCACGGAUGUUGCGGCUCGGGGCUUAGAUCUCCCUCAAGUCACGUGGAUUGUCCAGUACAACGCUCCGUCUUCACCUGCUGAAUACAUCCACCGGAUUGGGAGAACCGCCCGGAUUGGCUGCCAUGGGAGCUGCCUGCUCAUUUUGGCUCCUUCGGAGGCAGAAUAUGUCAACUCGUUGGCUUCUCACAAAAUCAAUGUUUCUGAGAUAAAGAUGGAAGAUAUUUUGUCUGUUCUGACACGAGAUGAUUGUUUUAAAGGGAGACGAUGGGGAAGCCAGAAACCCCGCUCCGUUGGCCCCCAGGAAAUCCGAGAGCGAGCCACGGUCUUGCAGACAGUAUUUGAAGAUUACGUGCACUCCAGUGAGAGGACGGUCUCCGGGGCCAAGAAAGCCCUGCAGUCCUUCAUCCGGGCCUACGCGACCUACCCCCGGGAGCUGAAGCACAUCUUCCACGUCCGAUCGCUCCACCUCGGGCAUGUGGCUAAGAGCUUCGGGCUAAGAGAUGCCCCUAAAAAUCUCAGUGCCUUGGCCACAAAGAAGAAGAGAGCAAACCUGAAAAGGCCUGACCUUCAUAGGAAGACCCAGAGUAAACAGCGCCUUGCUGAAAUCUUGCGUUCCGAAUACUCCAGCGGGAUGGAGGCCAGCGUCACCAAGGUCAGAGAGCAAAACAAACACGCAGGGCCCGGCAGCCAGCCUCGCGGCGCCGUCCGAAACCGGCGCCCAGUUGGCCGUGGGAACAAACUAAAGCCGAAAGCCUCACGGAGGGACAGCGAGACUUCCCAGAAAGUAGUUUUAAGCUCUGCCCCCGCGGGACUGGGCCUCCGUGGAUCCCGGAGGGGGCAUCCUGUUCUCUUCCGAGGAGCCUUGUGAGGACGAAGGGUGCCCCCCCCCCCCGCAGACCCGGUGACCCGGUGCGGUGCCGAGACACGCCGCAGCCUGAGGGGUCAGGGGGGCGGGGGGCGGCACGGGAUGGAUUAGCCGCUAACCUGCCUUGUAGGUCUCUCUCUCGGAUUUAUUCCAUCAGUGCCCGUAGACCACGUGGUGCCACCACGACUUCAUGUAAAAGACUAAUGUCCUUCGCUGCAGCCGGGAAGGGAUUUGAUCCCGCCUGGCGAUGACAUUCUGAAGAAGUUUCGCAGUUUACUUCAAGCUGCCCUCUCAACGCAUAUAUUGGCCUGAAUUUUGUAAAAUGAGAUUUUAAAAGCUGGAUUGAAUCGCUAAAAGAAGAGAAAAAAACUGUUUAUCAAAUCAUCUUCUUGGUGUAUAGAUGCUUUAUUAAAACGGACCAAAGGAGCAUUUGGUGUGGGUCCCGACCGCCUCCAGGGGUCUUAUUUCCCGUGCGCAGGGGGCUCGAAGCACCACGUCGCAUUUGCGUGCAAUGCUCUCUCCUCCUUGUCCAGGGAAAUUGUACUUUCUCAGGACUAAUUGAUUUACUGUUGCCUUUUUAUUAUUUGCGUUUGAAGUCAAAGGGCACCAGUGUCCUGAGCUUUUCCUCCCAUCGAAUCCCCUCUUGUCUUCCAGAAAGGUCCUGGGGUCUGUAUUGUGGCCCAGGCCACAGCUGCCCCUCCCCCACUGUGUUUCCUGGGAGGUUUGAAAGAGGACCCCCGGGGCAUAUUGAUUUCCCAAUAAAUGUAAGAUUUGGACACGGGUAACUCCAGAGGGGUCCGAAGGAGAAGGGGGGAAGCCUCGGCACCUCUCUCUGCGCUGGGCAGUGUCCUCUCCACUUUGCCUCCUGUCCUCAGUCCACCCCCGCACCCUGAAGUUACUGGCCUGGGUGUCGAGGCCCCACUUCUGUAGACCCUCCAGAUCACAUGAACUCAAGGGCCAAGGGAGGACCGUGAGAGUUACAAGGUGGGCUGUCUAUGGGGAUCUUGGGGAUCGGGGUCGGCGUCCCUGCAUCCAUCCUCGGGUGUAAGGUGAACUUUGGCUGGCACCACACCAGAAGGGACUCAUCGGAAGGGUGACUGUGAGCCUAGUAAGCCCUGGUCCUCUGCAGGAGGGAAAAUGUGACCUCGCAGACCUGGCUGUCACAUAGGAAUUAAAAGGAACGGUUGGUGAAAUCUGUAACAAUGAUAAUAAAUAAGUCAACCUGCAGCACAA